AUGUCGACAGUCACCGAGACAAAAGGAGAGUCAGUUGGCUUUCUCGGCUCAGAGGGGGUGUGUAUGCUACCUCACCAUGCCAGCGAGAUUGAGCGCUUGACGAAACAGCACGAUUUGUUGGCAACGACUACAGAUGGACUCUUGUUAGCAUCGGUCGUUACUGCGGGAAGCAACUCGCUAAAGCUGCGUGGCCUGCGUGAACAACUUCCAAAACGUCAACUAGAGCUUGCUUCUGGCAUCACACUGCACUCCCACAAUAUCACGAAACCCUUUCCCGCCUCUUGGGAUAACACCUUUGACGUAAUCCACCAGUGCCUCCUCGUGCGGAGCUUGGAGAAUGCAGACUGGUCCAACGCCAUCAACAAUUAUAUGGCUAUCCUGAUGCCGGGCGAAUACCUACAUCUCGUCGAAAUCGAGUUCAUUUCCGAAACCAAUCUGCACCCGAGCCCCCGACCACAACUUCAGAAGCAGAUUGCUUUGCAACAGUGGGCGACCGCGGAGUUCGGCAUGAACAUCGAUAUUGCAUAUAAACUGCCCGAUCUGCUGAAAGACGCAGGGUUCGAAGACGUGGAAGUAGUGCAGUUCGACCAUGGUUACGGAGCGCUUGCUAGUGAUCCGAGUCAAAAGUCUGUCAGUGCAGAGCUUUGGGUCGAGUGCUUUCGCGCGUUAGAUACAAAGAUACCGAGUAAGUUUUUGCCUUAGGCACUUGGUCAUCAC